AUGUGGUCAGUUAUAUUAUUAAUUCUUAAAUUAAUAAGUAUAUCAGUAUCAAAUGAAGAGAGAAAUAAUUGUUAUUUCACUGUGUUUUAUUCCAAUGGAAAGCGAUCUUAUUGUAUAGAUGAACAAUGUUAUCAUCAUUUAGAUAUAAUAUCAUUAAAAGAUCGGCAAUGUCGAACUAAUUAUUUAUCACUUCAAUUUUCAUCUUAUUUAACAUACAAAAAAUUUCUUCAAUCAACAUUAUUGAAAAAUUCACUUAGUUAUUAUUUUUCAAAAGCGCGUCCCAAUGUCGAACGUCUUCUUCGAAUUGAAUUUCUUUCACCGUUUCUAAAUGAUGAUCCAUUUCAACUUGAUCAAUUACGUUUAUUAGCUAAUUCUAUAUCAAACAUUGAUACAUACGAAUUCAUUUUUAAUGAAAAUAUUACAAUAAAUAAUUUAACAUUAUUUAUUGAUCAAGAUAUGUUUAGCAGUAGUGAUCAACAAAUAAUUGAUAGAUUAACAUUAAGAUUUAGUUGUACUCAUAUUCAAAGAGUAGAAUGGCAAUUAAUUAAAUCUAUUCAAAGUUUUCCGAAUUCUCCGUGCCCUCAACAAAUUCAAUUAAAAAAAAAAGAUUUUCGUCAAAAAGAAUUUUCUUCAAAUUUAAUUAUUUUAGCAAGUAUUACUACACUUGUGAGUAUUACCAUAAUUAUUCUUGUUCUAAUUGGUUCAUUUUUAUAUAAUUAUGAUUUUAAUGAUCAAUUAAAACAAAAUACUAAAUCAAAUAGUCGAACAGACUUAAUAACAAUUAUUGAAAAAUUUUGA